GCCUCUGCGCUGAUGGUGGGCGGAUGAGUAAUGCAUCCAGGAAGCCUGGACGCCUGUGGUUUCCGCGCCGCUGCCACCCCCGCCCCUCGCAUGGACAUUUAUCCUCUACCGCUCAGGCCCCGCCGCCUUCUCCGCAGACGCACCGCCUAGAGAGACACCAGAGAACCCAUCAUGGCCUCCCUCGCAUCCCUGGCCUCUGGUAUCCUGUUGUUGCUGUGGCUGAUAGCAGCCCCCAGCAGAGCCUGCACCUGUGCCCCACCCCACCCGCAGACGGCCUUCUGCAGCUCGGAUCUCGUCAUCAGGGCCAAGUUCGUGGGGCCCGCGGAAGUCAAUCAGACCGCCUUAUACCAGCGUUAUGAGAUCAAGAUGACCAAGAUGUUCAAAGGAUUUAACGCCUUGGGAGAUGCCCCCGAUAUCCGGUUCGUCUACACCCCCGCCAUGGAGAGCGUCUGCGGAUACUUCCACAAGUCCCAGAACCGCAGCGAGGAGUUUCUCAUCGCUGGACAACUGCGGAACGGAAACUUGUACAUCACUACCUGCAGCUUCGUGGUUCCCUGGAGCAGUCUGAGCUUUGCUCAGCGCCGAGGCUUCACCAAGACCUACUCGGCUGGCUGUGAGGAAUGCACAGUGUUUCCUUGUUCAUCCAUCCCCUGCAAGCUGGAGAGUGAUACUCAUUGCCUGUGGACUGACCAGCUCCUCGCGGGCUCUGAGAAGGGCUUCCAGAGCCGCCACCUUGCUUGCCUGCCACGGGAGCCAGGGCUGUGUGCCUGGCAGUCCCUACGGCCCCGAAUGGCCUGAAUCCUGCCUCCAGUGGAAGCCUGAGCCUGCCCAGUGUUCACCCCCUUUCCAAUUCCCAACUUUCUCCCAGAUGAUGAAAUAAAAAGAACUACUACCCAGCA